UUAUAUGACCUCUCAAGUUUUGUGCUCUUCGCUGUUAAAUGUCUAAGGCUGGAAUAGGAAGUAACGCAAUUGAUGUCAUUGUAGCAAGAAAAAGUUUUAUUAUGAGUUAUUUGCAUGGUUAGGCAGUCCUCGACAUGGACCCUUUCAAAAUGAUGGCAAAUUGCUAACUGAAGAGGUUGUCAAUUGAUUAUGCUAGAUAAUGUCUAAGUUGAGACGAUAUAUAGGUUGUUCUCUAGACUGAAUUGGCUUGCCAAAUUAAGUUUGUCAAACUUACAUUCUGCUGAAUCAAAGUGUGCAAGAGUGUGCCGCUAGGAAUAGAACAGGCAACUGCUGCAUUUUGAGAGUGUAGGCCAAAUGGCUAGCAUGCGAAAGCACAUGAGAUACAGGACUGAACGAAAUAGUGCUAGUAAAGUUCUGCUCUGCUAGCAUUUUCAACGAUUGCUUUCCGGAUGGAUCUCAAUCUCACUAUAAUCUAAAAUCAAAUGAACAUAGGAGCAAUAAAAUAGGUCUAGUUUGUCUUGAAGGCAAAGGACCCUGGUUUUCAAAGUAGAAUCACAUAUCAAAAUAUCAGCUGUCCAACGCAGACUGUCAAGAACACUGAGGCCUUGUUUGGAUGUUGUCGGAUUCACCUCAAUCCACAUGUGUUGGAGUGGAUUGGGGUGGAAUUUAGUUCAAGUUCCACUCCAACCCACACCAAUAUAUGUGGAUUGAUGCGAAUCCGACUACAUCCAAACAAGGCCUGAACCUGAAUUUUCAGAGUCAAGCUCUGUUAAACACACUGAAUGUGAAGCCCUGUUGGCUACCAAACUUUGGACAAUUGGCCUCUUCAGACUGCACAGUUCAGUCAGUCAGUCCAAGUUGAUUCGCUGAAGGUUCUUCGAUCCCAUCUUGAAUUGCAUGGUUAAAGGAGCUCCUUCUACUCGGCUCGAUGUGGCCGCGGCUUCUUGGAUCGGCUCGCUGUGGUUCCGUGUCCAGGUCCAGGUCAAUGGUCGUCGGACGUCCUGUUCACUUGAGGUUUAAAGUCUUUUCAUGAAGACACUGGGACGUCCAGACAGAUGCUGAAUUCAUGGCUGGGUCCACGAGCUCCAUGUGCAAGAAUAGACAGAGGAGAAAGCAACAAGAGCAACGUGAAGGACAAUAAUUGAGUAAACAGGGAAGCAAGGACAAUAAUUUCUGCCCUGCAAUUUCGGUGGCACCAGCUGGAACCCGACCUCACUGCAUGAGUCAGGUGAUUUCACACUGUGACAUGAUUUCAAGCAAGGUUAAUAAGGUCCUGGAGAAGCUUUAAUAUGAGUUCAAAUAACUGAACGGAAUUACAACAUUUGUCUCAGUUGAUUUCUUUGCUUCAAGGGGGAAUUCAGCUUGUGCAAACACAAGCUGAAAUUCAGGAUUGAAUUGCUGUAGUUCAUAGCAAUCCAUCUUUUGUAAAAGCUAAUCCAUCUUUUGUAAAAGCUAAUCCAUCUUUUGAAGCUGUAAGGUAGGAUCCAUGCUCUGUUUCACACUCGAGUGCUGUAAAAAAAAAAAGAGUUCAGAAAUAUCUAGCCUCACAUGCAAUCAAUCAUCUCACCUUCCCUGAGAAAACCACACGCGCUUGCAUUCACAGGCCACCCAACCUUCCUCAUCCUCCCAGAGUUGUUGUCUCUCACACUCACCACUUGACGUCUGCGCGCUCCAACUCGGUGCCGCAGCUGCAGAGUCUUUGUCACCUCUUCACAUCCGCGGCCUCCAAGGCUCCAACUCUCGUUGCAGCUGCUCCAGUCUCCGAUCCGGUGCCGACUACGCAGGGCACCUCCAGCCAUCUGCGUAGCCUAGAAUCUUCGUCAUCCAACAUCCUUUGAAAGAGAGGAUGGAGAUCACCAUCAGCGCAGCACGCUGGGCGGUGUCCAGGGCACUGAGACCCAUCUCCGAUGGCCUCAUGGAGUCUUGGGCAGCCUCUUCGAAGCUGGCCCCCAACAUCCGCGCCCUCAAGCUACAACUCCUGUACGCCCAGGGGAUGCUAGACAACGCCCGUGGCAGGGAUGUCCGCAGCCCGGCACUGGGGCAGCUCUUGCAGGAGCUCCGCAACCAAGCAUUUGAUGCUGAUGACGUUCUAGACGAGCUGGAGUACUUCCGCAUCCAAGACGAGCUCGACGGGACCUAUGAGACCAUUGACGCCGAUGUCCGAGGUCUCGUCGGGGGCCUUGUCCUCAACGCACGCCACACGGCCGGGGCCGUCGUCAGUAAGCUGAAGCUCCCCUCAUGUUCCUGUGCUUCUGUGGUGUGUCACCAUCGUAGAAAGCCAAAACUCAAGUUUGAUCGGGUGGCCAUGUCCAAACGGAUGGUGGACAUAGUUGAGCAGCUUAAGCCAGUGUGUGCUAUGGUCUCUACAAUUCUAGAUCUGGAGCUGCAGGGAACUAUAGCCUCCACUGGCAUCUCAGCCCAACAAGGCACUGCUUUCAACCAAACCACCAGAACCACCACCCCACAGAUUAUAGAGCCAAAGUUAUAUGGGAGGGAUGAUUUGAAAAAGGAUGUCAUAGAUGGAAUAACCUCUAAAUAUCAUGUCAAUGAUGAUCUCACUGUUCUUUCGAUAGUUGGUCCAGGGGGUCUUGGGAAGACAACACUCACACAACAUAUAUAUGAAGAAGCAAAGAGCCACUUCCAAGUCCUGGUAUGGGUAUGCGUCUCUCAGAAUUUCAGUGCAAGUAAGUUGGCACAAGAAAUCGUAAAACAAAUCCCUAAACUUGACAAUGAAAAUGGAAAUGAAAGUGCUGAAGGUCUGAUUGAAAAAAGAUUGCAGUCCAAACGGUUCUUGCUUGUUUUGGAUGACAUGUGGACAGAUCACGAAAAUGAAUGGAAAAAACUGCUAGCCCCAUUUAAGAAAAUGCAAACAAAAGGUAACAUGGCAAUAGUCACAACAAGGAUUCCGAAGGUGGCACAAAUGGUUGCAACAGUAGGCUGUCAAAUAAGAUUAGAACGGUUAAGUGAUGAAGAAUGCAUGUGUUUCUUCCAAGAAUGUGUGUUUGGUAACCGACAAACAUGGGAAGGGCAUGCUAAUUUGCAUGAUUUCGGGUACAAAAUAGUGAAGAGAUUGAAAGGUUUCCCUCUUGCAGUAAAAACUGUCGGUAGAUUACUGAAAACUGAACUUACCCCAAAACAUUGGAGAAGAGUACUUGAGAGUAAAGAAUGGGAAUAUCAGGCCAAUGAGGAUGAUAUUAUGCCAGCAUUAAAGCUUAGCUAUAACUAUCUUCACUUUCAUCUACAACAAUGUUUUUCCCAUUGUGCCUUGUUCCCUGAAGAUUAUGAAUUCGGAAGGGAAGAGUUAAUCCACUUGUGGAUAGGACAAGGGCUGUUAGGCCCCGACGAUCAAAACAAGAGAGUUGAGGAUAUUGGACUAGAUUAUGUAAGCGACUUGGUUAGUUAUGGCUUCUUCCAGGAAGAAAAAAAAGAGGAUAGGCACGCUUAUUAUGUUAUACAUGACCUACUCCAUGACUUGGCAAGAAAUGUUUCAGCACAUGAAUGUCUUAGCAUACAAGGGGCUAAUGUGGGGUCAAUACAAAUUCCUACAUCUAUACAUCACAUGUCCAUCAUCAUAAAUAAUUCAGAUGUGGAGGAAAAAGCAACCUUUGAAAAUUGUAAGAAAGGGCUUGAUAUACUUGGUAAAAGACUGAAAGCUAGAAACCUACGUACUUUGAUGUUAUUUGGAGAUCACCAUGGAAGUUUUUGCAAGAUAUUUAGUGGUAUGUUUCGGGAUGCAAAAACCCUUCGUGUCAUUUUCUUAUCUGGUGCAUCGUAUGAUGUGGAGGUUCUGCUGCACAGUUUCUCACAACUUGUCCAUCUUCGUUACUUAAGGAUAAAGGGUUAUGUAUUAAAUUUAAGAAGUUUAUUUGGUAGUAUAUCAAGAUUUUAUAACUUGUUGGUCCUAGAUAUAAAAGAAUGCGGCGCUUUUCCUCGUAUAGACACAGAAGAGAUGUGCUCUUCUACAAGAGAUAUGAGCAACCUAGUGAAAAUUCGUCAUUUUCUUGUGGGAAAUCAAUCAUAUCAUUGUGGAAUUGUUGAGGUUGGGAAACUUAAAUCUAUACAAGAGAUAAGGAGAUUUGAGGUCAAAAGAGAAAAACAAGGUUUUGAAUUGAACCAAUUGGGGAAAUUGAUACAGCUCCAUGGGUCAUUGGAGAUUUGUAAUCUUGAAAAGGUUGGUGGUGCAACAGAGCUGGAAGAAUUAAAAUUAGUCCACUUGCAACACUUAAAUCGAUUAAUAUUAGGUUGGGAUAGAUACCAGUCUGAUAGGGAUCCAAAAAAGAAACAAGAUGUUCUUGAAUGCCUUAAGCCACACAAUAAUCUUCAAGAAGUGUGCAUUAGAGGACAUGGAGGUCACACAUACCCUACCUGGCUAUGUUCAGACCACUCUGUUAAGAAUUUGGAAUGCCUUUGCCUUGAAGGUGUAGCCUGGAAAAGUCUUCCACCUCUGCUAGGAGAGUUGUUGAUGGUCGGCGAAGAGCAGCCAAGCGUCGCAGGGCAAACCUUUCAGAAUCUGAAGAGGCUAGAACUUGUCUACAUAGCAACUCUGAAAAAAUGGAGUGUAGAUAGCCCUUUCUCUAAGCUAGAGGUACUCACUAUUGAGGAUUGUUUUGAACUUACAGAGUUGCCAUCUCCGCACAUGUUUCCCAACCUACAGGAGAUAUACAUUUCAGAGUGUAAGGAACUAGUGUCAGUGCCACCAAUUCCUUGGAGUAGUUCUCUGUCCGAAGCUAGACUGUGGAAAGUAGGUAAGAGUAUUGAGAACUUAGAUUACAGCAGAAAGGAACAGAAAAUGAGUGUACAGUUCAAAAAGGAUGCUCUUGAUCGUGAACUCUGGAAUGUAUUGGCCUUUACUAAUCUGAGUGAAAUAAAGGAGUUCAAGAUCAGUGAAUGCCCACUUGUGCCUCUACAUCACCUACAACUGCUAAAUUCUCUGAAGACCCUGCAUAUAAGUCACUGUACUAGUGUCCUGUGGCCAACUGAAGGUGAGAAUGAUUCCCCAUUCGAGUUCCCAGUUGAACAGCUCCAGAUAUCAGAUUGUGGUGCCACUGUGAAGGAAUUGUUACAGCUAAUCUCUUAUUUCCCUAACCUCUCAACGUUGGACCUACAGAGGUGUGGUAACAAGCAGGCAGGAGAAGCAGAGGAAAUAGAAGCUGCAGCAGGAGGACAGCUGCCCAUGCCCCUCCAAUUGAAGGAGUUGCUCCAAAAUCAGAGCUCUCUGAGAUCACUGUUUAUAUGGGAUUGCCCCACGCUUCUAUCCUCCAGUUUGCUCCCCUCCUUUUACUGCCCUUUCUCGACCUCCCUGCAGUCCCUCGUGCUUGAGGGUGUGAAGGAUGGCAUGCUGACGCUGGCUCCUCUCACAAAUCUGACCGAAUUGGUCCUACAUGAUUGUGGGGGUCUAAGAUCUGAGGACCUAUGGCAUCUCCUCGCCCAGGGUCGUCUCAAGGAAUUACAAAUCUGGGGAGCGCACAACUUACUUGAUGUCCCUGAGCCUUCGCGGAUGUGCGAACAAGUUCUUCCCCAACAUAGCUCCAGGCUGCAAGCGCUCGAAACGGCUGGGGAAGCAGGGGGCGCCGUUGCUGUGCCCGUCGGUGGCCACUUCUCUUCCUCUCUCACCGAGCUAGAGCUUGGUGGGAAUGACGACUUGGAGCACUUCACAAUGGAGCAAUCGGAGGCCCUGCAGAUGCUCACCUCUCUCCAGGUUCUUCGAAUUUUGGGGUACUCUAGGCUGCAGUCCCUGCCAGAAGGGUUAGGUGGGCUUCCCAACCUCAAGAUAUUAGAGAUCGGGUUCUGUGGCUCCUUCCGGUCGCUACCCAAGGGCGGCCUUCCAAGUUCACUGGUGGAAUUACAUAUCUCGUUCUGUAAGGCCAUCCGGUCGCUGCCCAAGGGCACCCUCCCAAGUUCCCUGGUGGAAUUAGAAAUACGGGGCUGUGAUGCCAUCCGGUCACUGCCCAAGGGCACCCUCCCAAGUUCGCUGACAAAACUACACAUAGUUCGUUGCGAUGGCUUCCGGUCGCUACCAAAGGGAAGCCUUCCAAGUUCACUGAAGAUAUUAGUGAUCCACCGCUGUCCUGCUAUCAGGUCGCUGCAUGAGGGCAGCCUCCCGAAUUCACUUCAAAUGCUAGAUGUCACGGAUAGCCACGAGAAGCUACAGAAGCAGUGCCGGAAGCUGCAAGGAACAAUACCCAUAGUUAAGUUCCGAGACUAAUCCAAGGUUGUGAUUGGUGGACCAUUUUCAGCAGGCAUUGAGCAAGUUAUUGGUGACCGGGCACAUCUCUUGUGCUCCUGGUAUCAAGAGCUUUACAAAAUGCAUAGGUUGGGAUAAUAGAAAGCCAGAUCGAUGCUGUUACA